UAUAUCCGCCAGCCCUCCUCAUCCCCCUUGAUGCAACGCGCAUCGAUCCCGCAGCCCCCACAAAACCAUGCCCCUUUCCGUGCCCCCGCGCACAAGCAUGCGCACCACCUGCAUUCCAUUCCUCCACGGGAGAAGUCGACGCGCACGUUGAUAAUCGACCACCUACUUUGGGUGCACGGGCGGACGCGCUUCGCCCAGGCGCGGGCAGAACUUGGGAUGACCGACCGCACUGGCGGUCCAUCGUCUUCCAACUAUGUGCACCGGGACCGCCCGGAGAACUUCGAAGAGGACGAAGAGGCUUACAGCGAUGGAGAGGACGUGCGCGUCUUGAGCGCGCGCGAAGGAGGGCCAGAGCAUACACACGCGGAUGACGAGGACGAGCGGCUGGAGCGCCAGGACCUGCCCCUCGCGCGCAGCCUCCGCCAGCGCGCGGAGAGCGUAGAGAAGGUCGCGACGGCGAUGCUCGACCAGCCGCCAGAGGUGCGGCCGAUGCACCCCGACGACCUGCUGGAGCCUCCGACGUCGCCUUCGCUCCAGCCGCAGAACAACCGACAGCACCAACACAGGCUUCCGAACGGCGUCCGUCUGCGCCUGGCGCUCGCGACCGUCGUCAACGACUUCUUUUCUCGCCGCGCGCCUGACCCCCCAAGCAGGGCCCCUGUCGCCCCGUCAGAUCCUAACGUGCCCGCUUCCGCUGUCCUCCCUUCCGCCCUCGUCCCGCUUGCUGGUCUGUCUAAUGCGGCGCUGCUUCCGGGUAUCCCACGGUCGCCCCGCAAGCCAGUCCCGACGGAGUACAUUCGGUCCUUGUACGCGAUCGGCUCCGAUCCCGAUACGUCGAAUUCUCCGCCUUCGCUGCGCUGCCCGCGUCAUCUGCACAUGGGCUGCGAAAUUUGCGUCGAAGCGAAGUCGCAGUUCACGGUGCGCCCCGGGCAGUCGCGCGGACGCCCUGCGUCCGGGCGCGCUGGGUCGACGAGCGGCAGCAGCCCCGGCGACGUCUCGUCCCCAGGCAAUGGCCCCGUUCUCGCGACUGGCGUCACUGGGUGGCAGGAUGGCAGCGGGAUAGGCUCUGGGCUGGCGCGCCCAGGACCGAAGGGCACCGUGCUCCGCCGGCCGUCGAUGCCCAAUGGGAUCCUAGUGGGGAACGGGCAGGUUCCGACGAUGUUCAACACGAAGCUCGCGGAGCUUAUCCCUAGGUUCAUGCGCUUGAGCGCGCUGGUGGCUAUGGAGCUCGGACGUGAGUCGACAGAGGACCGUACGUCCGUCGACGGCGGAGACCGGCGAGAAGAGGACGGCGUCGUGGCGGGAUCCUCGAACUCGGGCGGGAACAUGAUGAAUGCGCCUCCUACGCCGCGUCCUAUGUCGUCUCCGCAGACAUCGCCCCGUGUCACUGCGCAGAGACACGCUUCGGAUUCGGCGUUCUACUUGGCGAACGCCUUCCGGCCGUCGAGGGAGUGGUACUACCUCUUCGCUGGACUGCUCACUCGAGCGGUGCUCGAAGGGUACCUCACCGCCAACUGGCGCGGAAUCGAACCGCUCGAGGUGCUGCUGGGCGUGGGCCUUGCGAUGUCACAUUCACAUACGCGGCCUCCGAGGCCUCCGAAUAGCACUGCGUCAAGUUCGUCUGGGGCUACGGCGAAUCGGGCGAGCGGCGGCGACGACCCUGAGUUUACCGAAUUCGACCCGGACGACCUCCCAGAGCUUGACGAGGCUACGAAGGUCUUAUUUCCUUCUCUCCGCGAGCCUCUUGGUGGGGGUCAGGGCCCUGUCUACUAUGCACGCGAGGGCGCAGAGCUCGAAUAUGAGCUCGAGAUGACUGAACGGCUGGCACGGUUCUACGCAGUCCCGUCCACAACUCCAGACGUAGCAACGCAUAUGGAGGACCUUGCCUGGCAGUUUCCCGCUGAGACAGUCGAACGUGCUGCAGUUCGCUUUUGUGAAGCCAUCGCACGCUGGAGAGGCAAACCGGAGCUAGAGACUUACAAAAAAGCAUCUUGGAUCACCGGCUCCAAGGACCAGAACCAGACCUCUGCGAGUGCCAACGGGGCAGGAUCAGCUGGCACCGGGGCCAUGUCGAUCGAGUCGUUAGUCCACUCAAAUCCCGCGAGUCCAACAGUGUCUACACUGCCCACUCCUGUCUCUGCUCGCCCAUCGGAACCCGCUCGACGCGGGCCAGCCAUCGAGCAAUACUUCACGAUGCCUCCCAGUUUCUCGUUGCAAAACCGUAAGAGAAGGAGAGACGAGUCCGACAGAGGGGACGAUAUACGCAGAGCACCCCCCAUGCCUACGUUCUGAUGAUCUUUUUACGACCUCGUCCGAUUGGCUCCGGCGAUCGGGGUGGUCUAUUGGACAUUGUCCCGGCAGCUAUCUUUAUU